AAGGUGAUAACAUGGAUGAGAAGGAAAGGGGAUGGAAAAGGAAUGGAAGAGGCGGGUUUAAUUGACGAAAGAGGAAAUGCGAGAUGGUUUUGACUUCGAACGCGUGCGUCGCGGCGCGGCGGCGAGAGAAAUCCAUAAAUAAAACAAUCGGUUAUAUACAUAUGUUUUUCAAAUCGACGAAUGCUAUUAUAUAUUUUGUAUCGAGCACUCGUUUCGGAGGUAGACGCCGACGCCCGGCGCCGACGUCGUUUUUAACGCGUCGACGAGCCGCGUGCUGUUAGUAAUCUCACCCAAUCCGAGAGACUCAUAAGUAAAAAAAAGGGAAAAGGAAAACGGGAAAAGAGAGGAAGAAAAAAAGGAGGAUCGUUAGAAUAAUCAACCCUCUCUCUCUUUUGACGGGGGGGAGGUACGCGUUGGCACAUCGUUAAGAUGCAACGGUGAAAAACGUAACUGGUCGUCUUCCGGGGUUGAACGACUAACCGCGUCUUCCGAAGGAAAAAAAGAAAAAGAAAAGAGAAAAAAGAGCGAAACAUACCAAAUAAGAUACUACGAGGGUGGGAUAAGGGGGUGAAAAGGAAAGAGAGAAAGAGAGCGAGAAGAGAGAAAGCGAGAGAGAGAGAAAGAGAGAGAAAAAGAGAAAGAGAGAGAGAGAGAGAGAGAAAGAAAGAGAGAAAAAGAGAUAUGUUCGCUUUGCGGUGAGCACCACGCUUCGAUAUCUCGUCGCAUCGUGCGGUGAGGGGAAGGAUAGUAGUCUUUCCUUAUAAUUUCUUAGUGUCUUUAUAUUUUUUUCUUUUAUUUUCUUUUUGAAAUGGGUACAGCCGGUCGCGAUUUCGAGCGCGAUCGAGAAGACGGACUGCACUGUCGGAUUUGUGCGUGCGACGUUAGUGGGAACGACGGUGUCAACAUUUUCACCGAGGAUGGUAGACGGCACUACCUGCAGACCAAAAUACGCAAAUAUCUCUACAUCUUGGUAUCCUCUGAAGAUAAACUAUCAAAGAUGGUUUGUUUAACGUGCAUCAAAAGAUUGGAAGGAGUACAUCGUUUUGCAAUGAUGGCAUAUCGUACACAAGAGAGAUUAAGGUUACAGUUAUAUGAAAAUUUGGGCAAUAUAAAUUCUGUUCAAGACAUGGAGGAACAAAAUUUAAAGGAUACACAAGAAAGUACUAAAAAAGUAGAAGACAGAGGAUUAUUGCAUUCAAUUCUUACAAAAGGUGCCAUAGAAAUUUUAGCAGAAGGUGAACCACUUGGACCAUCUGAAUUAUCCCAUCUAUCUGAAGAAGAAAAAAGUCAUACUCCAAGUAUGGAAGAAAUGGAAGUCAAAGUAGAUCCAAUGUUAUUUUUACAAUGCGGUAUGGAACAAUCAGCUUCAGAUAUAUCGGAUACAUCAGACCUUGAAGAAAGUGCAACCAGAACUCGUUCUCCUGAAUUAUCGAGUGUAACAAAGAAAGAUAUAAAAAUAGAAAAGGAAAAAACAAGAGAGUCUAAUGACAAUAAACUUAAUGAAGAAACUGAUGAAGAUAAUUUAAAUACAACAAAACAAUAUGAAUGUACAAUAUGUACACGAUCCUUCAUAUCAGAGAUUGGUUUACAAAAUCAUUUAUGGUCGCAUCUACCAAGAGAAAGAUGCUUGGAUGGAAAAUCUGUUUUGAGAUCGCAACAAGUUUAUUCAACAAACGGUGUGCUGCAUACAAAUGUUGAUAACAAUUCAUCUGCCAACUUCAUUUGUCCAAUUUGUAGUAAAAAGAUUUCUACAAAAGGAAACUUGAAAGUACAUUUAGAAACUCACAGGCCUAAAGGAAAAUAUGGGUGCGAUAUAUGUGGCCGAAUUUUCAAAACACAAUCGAAUUUAUGCAGGCAUAAAGAAUAUCAUGGUGAAAUUAGAUUUCCAUGUAAUGUUUGUGGAAGAGUUUAUCCAACAAACUCAACUCUUCGAGCUCAUAGUAUAACACAUUCGGACUUAAGACCACAUGCUUGUCCUCUUUGUGAUAAAACAUUCAAAAGGAAUCAGGAUUUGAAAUUUCAUAUAAAUCAACAUACUGGUGCAAGACCUUACCAAUGUCCUUAUUGUCCAAAAGCAUUUGCCAGUUCUGGUAAUUGUUUUUCACAUCGUAAAAGAAUGCAUCCUCGAGAGGUACAUAGAGAUAGACAAAGGGCAGCAGAUUUGAUGAGAUGAGCUGUAAGUAACCAAGACGAAGAGUGGAGUUUUAGCUGAAUACAGUAUUUGAUAGAAACAAUUGUAUAAACUUUUUUUAGCUGUAUUAUACAGAAAAAAGAGCUUUACUUUUGAGAUUAACGGUGCUAAUCCACAAAGUGAUGAUAGUUUUAUAUGUUUUUAUUCUUUUUAAUUUUGAAGUUAAAUAUACUAUUGCUAAUGAUGUUGAUAAUAUACUUUAUUACUCACAAAAUAUGUAUUCUUGUUUGAUGUAACAGAAUAUUAUAAGUACACACAAUUAUUGAUGAAAACAAAAAUACUUCCGAUAGUUGUAAUUAAUUUUGAUUACUACAUGCACAAGUAGGUUUGAAAUUUCAUAGCCAGUAGUAAAAAUUAAUGUUCCUUAUAUAGUUUCUUAAGUAUAUGUGCAGCAUUGAAUAUAGAAAACAUAUUUUCAUUGAAGUAUAUUAAAGACAUUUUAAGAUAGUAUUCUAAAUAUAUUUAUGUUAUAUAAUUAUAAAGUGAAUGACAAUGAAUUAUGUUUCAUUUUUAUUUUAAUAUUCACUGCCAAAUACACACACACACGCGCGUAUGCAUGCAUACAUGCAUACAUACGUGUAUACAUACGUACAUAUAUAGAUGUGUGUAUAUAUAUAUAUACAUAUAUAUAUACAUAUAUAUAUAUACAUAAAUAUAUACAUAUAUAUGUAUAAAUUUAUAAUUACAUUAGAACAGUUUUGAAUAACGUUAUAAUUGAUGUAAUUAUAAAUGAUAAUAUAGUAUGUUUACACACUGAUAGUAUGUUGAAUAUGAACUAAGAAUGUAGAAAAAUAAUAAUAAAUAUACAAUUUUCUCUUUAUAGAGCUGUGAUAUGUUAAUGAUUUUUUAUACUGGUUAUGAAAUUUACAACUUACUAGAAAGUAGAUAAACACAAAAAAAUUAUAUUACUUGAGAAGCAUCUGACAUAGUUACUGAAUCUUACUGACAGUAACACAAGGUCUAAAAUUAAUGAUAAAAUAAUAUAUUGAAUCGUCCUUUAUAAAAAAAGUAAGUUGUAUGUAAUCGAAAUGAUAUAGUGGUUCUAUAGGAAUUUUAUAUAUUGAGUAUCUUAAAACUCAUAAUUAAUCUUUGACAGAUGAAAGAGGAUAAAGUUUUAAAAUGAUAGUACUUUUACCUUAAAAUAUUUACCUCUUUCAUCCGCUUAAAGAUCAAUUAUCAGUUUUAGAAAACUCUAUAUAUAAUGUAAAAUGUAUAAUGACCAAAGACGUUCGUGCAAAUGAGAACUUUUUUGUAGCUUUCAACAUAUUUUUAGCACAAUAUAAACAUUAUCAUAAAUGUUAAGACUGUUUAUAAAGAAAAAUUUUGUGUCAAAUUAGAAUAAUAUAGGUUAGGGAAAAAAGCGAACAAUGGCCACAACUACAAACUGUAACAAUAUAACAAAUGAGUUUGAUUAUAAAACGAUACAGUAUUAAAAAUAAAACAAAAAAGAAAAAAAAAGAAAAGAACAAA